AUGCCGCCGCUCAAGAAACGAAAGUUGAGUCAUGAUGUAACCUCCUCCGACGAUAAUCGAUCGCCCACCGGGUCCGAAACCGCACCGACCAGCGAUGCUGAGGAAGAAAUGCAAGCGAAGUCCACGAAGCCAACCACGUUCAAAGAACUAGGAAUAAUUGAUUCCCUGUGCGAAGCAUGCGAGAGCCUUGGGUACAAAGCGCCUACGCCGAUUCAAGCCGAAGCAAUACCGUUGGCGUUGCAAGGUCGGGACCUCAUUGGGUUGGCAGAGACGGGGAGCGGCAAAACGGCUGCCUUCGUCCUUCCCAUUCUUCAGGCACUCAUGGACAAACCGCAACAACUCCAUUCUUUGAUCCUGGCGCCAACACGAGAACUUGCAUACCAGAUAUCUCAGGCGGUGGAGGCUCUGGGUUCGCUGAUCGCAGUCCGGUGCGCCGUGCUGGUUGGUGGCAUGGACAUGAUUCCUCAAGCGAUUGCUCUGGGCAAGAAACCUCAUGUCAUUGUUGCCACGCCGGGACGUCUGCUGGACCAUCUGGAAAACACAAAGGGGUUCUCAUUGCGCCAGUUGAAGUACUUGGUCAUGGACGAAGCCGAUCGAUUGCUUGACUUGGACUUUGGGCCGAUCUUGGACAAGAUUCUGAAGAUAAUACCAAGAGAAGGGAGAAAGACAUAUCUGUUUUCUGCUACAAUGUCAAGCAAGGUCGAAUCGCUCCAACGAGCAUCGUUGUCGAAUCCCCUUCGUGUGGCGGUCUCCCAGGACAAAUACCAGACUGUAUCGACGCUGAUCCAAUCAUACCUCUUCAUCCCUCACAAGCACAAAGACCUCUAUCUCAUACAUGUUUUGAACGAGCUGGCCGGUCAGACAGGGAUCAUCUUCACACGCACAGUCAACGAAGCACAGCGAAUCUCGAUCCUCCUGCGGACCCUUGGCUUCUCAGCUAUCCCCAUCCACGGCCAGCUGUCGCAGCAGGCGCGAUUGGCUGCUCUCAACAAGUUCCGCGCAAAAUCCCGCAAUCUAUUAGUUGCUUCUGAUGUGGCGUCACGAGGCCUGGACAUUCCUUCUGUUGAUCUCGUGAUCAAUUUUGAUCUUCCCCACGAUAGCAAAACAUACAUCCACCGAGUUGGGCGGACGGCGAGAGCGGGUAAGAGCGGCAAGGCGAUUUCUUUCGUCACUCAGUAUGAUGUGGAAUUGUGGAUGAGGAUUGAGGGCGCACUAGGUAAGAAAUUGAAGGAGUACGAGACGGUCAAGGAAGAGGUCAUGGUAUUGGCGGAGCGGGUGGGAGACGCCCAACGGGCUGCCGCCAUGGAGAUGAAGGAGCUGCAUGACAACAGGGGCAAGAAAGGUGCAACCCUGCGGCACAAGCGGACGGGAAAGGGCGUGGGCGGAAAGCGGAGUCGAGAUGAUAUGGACCAAGACGAAGGGUAG